AUGACUACUCGUGGGCCAUUGCUGCACACACGCCGGCUUAGAUUCGUGAACAGAAAUUUUCACCGCCUGUUCUCACUGAGGUGUGCCGGCGAAACACGCCCAUCGCAAGUUGCGGCUGAAGAAGGCAUGGGAAACAAGGAUGAUCUGUUCGAGUACACUUCAGGGAGGUGGAUACCAUGCAGAUACAAUGAACGUCGUCGCCUUGCCGAACGCCACCUAGUGUUCAAUGUUGAUGAAUUGAAGAAAGCUGCCGCAACUGCUGUCGGUAGGCCAGUUUCAGAGAUAAGAAGCAUCCGAAAACUGGCUGAAGGGGGUUUCAACCGUGUCUUUGACAUCUCAAUGAAAGAUGGCUUAUCUCUACUUGCCCGACUUCCAUAUCCAUCGACGAUGCCCCGACGCCUUGCAGUAGCUAGUGAGGUCGCAACAUUAGCCUUUGUUCGUGCUUGUGGCAUUCCUGCCCCUCGUGUCCUAGGGUAUUCGGCACAUGAUAACCCUGUCGGCGUCGAGUACAUCUUGAUGGAAAAGCUCCCCGGAAGACCUAUCGGCGACGCCUGGUUUAGCCUGCCCGAAAAAGAUAGGCUCAAAGUCCUACACGAAAUUGUAACACUGGAAGCCAAGCUCUUUGCCAACAGCCUACCUGCUAGCGGCAGUAUAUACUUCGCCCACGACCUGCCUCCUGGCACUCCUAAUGUACCUUUAUCGGACUCGGAAGGACUGUGUAUUGGUCCCUACGCGAAUCUUAGAUGGUGGUUUAAUGAGCGCGCAAGUCUUGACAUAGACCGCGGCCCCCAUAAUGAUCCGUGCCUUGUCCUUCAAGCUCCAGCUGAAAAAGAAUUGGCCUGGAUUCGGACAUAUGGAAAGCCUCGUUUUCCCUUCCAACGUGCCUACGGGGAAACAUUAGGUUACAAAAAACAAGACCCGGAUGAACAUUCCAAUUCACUAUUGGAAUAUCUCCAGCUUGCACCGUACCUUGCUCCUACAUGCCCGAAGCUCAACCUUCCUAUUCUCCGCCAUCCCGAUCUUCAGCCCAACAACAUUUUCAUCUCUGAAGAUUUCAAGAUCACGGGUCUUAUCGACUGGCAGCACUCUUUGGUUCUUCCAAUGUUUCUUGCUGCUGGUAUACCGCGAUCAUUUCAGAAUUAUGGUGAUGAGCAGUCUAUGUACUUCAUUCCACCGCAACUCCCCAAAGAUCUUGGUUCCAUGGAUGCAGAUGAGCAUGCUAUAGCAUGCGAGCAGUUCCGCCGCCGUCAUGUGCACUUUUUUUAUCUGGGGUUCACGCAGAAACUGAAUGAGCCUCAUUCGGAGGCCCUUGAACAGGAAUUUGGUCUCCUAAGACGCCGGAUAUUUGACAAUGCAGGCAGUCCGUGGGAAGGCCUCAACACCCCAUUGCAAGUGGAUAUCGCGCAGGUAUCGCAGAAUUGGUCAAAGAUUGCCGCUGUCCGUUCAGAUGGAAGCCUUCCUGCAUGUCCUGUUGUAAUUAGCGAGCAGGAUGCGCAGAAGAGGGCAGCACUGGAUGAUUCAUUGCGGGAUGUGGACACUGAACUGGAACAGAUCCAUGGAUUCCUUGGUGUUGGGUCUGAUAGAUGGACAUCACAUGAAUUGUUUGAACAAGCGAAAGAGAGAGCACGGUCCAUCAAGGCGGAGGGGCUUGCCGCAGUCGAUGAUGACCCAUGGCUAAGGCGGAUGACUGAGCAGCAUUGGCCCUUUGAUGACUACAACGAAGACGAGUAA